GGCUCUCUUACGUCAUCACCCUGCGCGACAGCUUCUCGCGCCCCGAGUGCGAGCGGAAGCAGGCGGGCCGAGGGAGGGGCCCAGGUCGGGAGUUGUACCUUGUUCUUCCGGGGCGCAAGAUGGCGCUGCCCUUUGCACGUUCGCCUUGCCUCUGCCGCUGGGGAGCCAAACGAUUGGGGGCUGCUGCCGCAGAAGCCCGCAGAGGCGUCAGUUUCAAACUGGAAGAGAAAACCGCCCACAGCAGCCUGGCACUCUUCAAAGGUGGCACAGGUGUCAAAUACGGCAUGGUGGGGUUGGAGCCCACCCAGCUGGCCCUGAACGUGGAGCGCUUCCGGGAGUGGGCGGUGGUGCUGGCAGACACCGCGGUCACCGGUGGCAGGCACUACUGGGAGGUGACGGUGAAGCGCUCCCAGCAGUUCCGGGUCGGGGUGGCCGAUGUGGACAUUUCUCGGGACAGCUGCAUCGGAGUGGAUGUCCGUUCCUGGGUGUUCGCCUAUGCCCAGCGCAAGUGGCACACCAUGUUGGCCAACGAGAAAGCCCCUAUUGAGGGCAUCGGGCAUCCAGAGAAGGUGGGGCUGCUGCUGGAGUAUGAGGCCCAGAAGCUGAGCUUGGUGGAUGUGAGCCGGGUGGCUGUGGUCCACACGCUGCGGACAGAUUUCCAGGGCCCAGUGGCACCUGCCUUUGCCCUUUGGGAUGGAGAAUUGCUGACCCAUUCAGGGCUUGAGGUGCCCCAGGGCCUCUAGGACAUCCACCACUGGAGUUCCCGAUCACACGCUUGG